AUGCUAACCUACCUUUUGUAUCCAGAUGCCCCAUUGGGAGUUGGUCACCCCGUCGAAGAAGCGCGCCCAAACCUCCCCAUUAUUCUACGGCUCACGAUAACGUAUGCCCUUAUUUAUACCUUUUGCAUCAGCUUAAUUAAAAUGAGCGUUCUUUUCUUCUAUCUUCGAGUUUUCGUCAACCCUAGUCUGCGACUUGCCACGAAGAUUGUUCUCGGAAUUCUCACGGUCUAGAGUAUCGCCAAUGUCCUUGUGCUAUUCUUCCUCUGCCGUCCGUUCAAAAAGAAUUACAUUCUUGACGCUCCUGGUGAAUGUGGAGAUCAGCCUACUGCUUUUAUUAGCACCGGUGUGUACAAUAUCAUCACCGAUGUCGCAAUUCUUUUGCUUCCCAUCCCAACCAUUUGGGCACUCAAGACGAAGAGAAAUGUCAAAGUCGGGUUGACAGGAGUUUUCGCCGGUGGUUUAGUGUAUGUUUCAUCUCUUAGGAUCGCAUACUAAUGUCUGUACUAAUCAAUAAGGAGCAGUGUCUCCUGUGUCGCUGUUGUGCGGAUCGUUGCCCUCAAGAAUCUUGACCUGGCCAGACUGACGGAUACCAUGGUCUGGGUGGACUUCCUCUCCACCGCCGAGGUCAACCUUGGUAUUCUCUGCGUAUGCCUCCCGAUGCUUGGGCCUAUCAUUCCCAAGCGAAAACAUGGCAUCAAGCCCAGCUUUUGCCCCAACCAGCCCCGCGGCACUGCACAACCCGGCGGAUCAUUGUGGCCGAAAUCGAAACUAUGCAGUAGGAGGAAAAGGACGCCUGAUUCGAUUGCUCUCGAGUCUAUAUUUGCACACGACGCUGAAACAAGUCUUGGGACGAGUCUUUGCAUGACCAAUUUCCACUCGAGCAGCACCGGAAGCGAGGCCCCCCUCAACCCAAAAUCGAAGCUGGAAGCAACAAAGAUCGUGGAUAAUGCAAUCAUCGUCUAA